GCGGCGUUGACAUUUGACCUGCAGGAGCUGACCGCAGUGUGUACGGGACUCGAGACUAUGAUAAAUAGGAAUAAAAAAGAAAAGGCUGCAAUAAAUUAGUCAUGGCAGGGCGAUUCGAUUGGCGUCCCCCAGGUCAUAUUUAACUGAUUUUUCAUUUUAAAAACCACUCGUUGCCUGAUAUCAAAGUGCGUCUGUGAAACAGGUUCAGCGGUGACUUUAACAGCGCUCCAGCGAGCAACAGCAGUAGUGUAUUCCUCGUAAUGCUGCUGUUUUUGUCGAGGCUUGUUGAUGAUGAUAAACGUAUUUAAUGUGGUGUGAUUAUGUUUGGUUAAUCAGUGAUUAAUCAGCGCAAUGCAAUGCGAUGCAAUCAACCUAUUAUUUAUUUAUCUAUUUAUUUAUUUAUUUAUUUAUUUAUGUAUUUGUUUGUUUGAUUGAUUGAUUAUUUAUUAUUUUUAUUCAUUUAUUAAUAAGUCAAUCAAUCAGUGAUGCUGACGUCAUUGUAAGGCGCGAUCCCAAGGUCCACUGCGAUUUCCCGCUUGGUAAGUAGACCAGUUAAUUAAUACAGAUGGGAACACUCCUUAAAUUUAUGGUACAAAAACUGUAUAACCAGGUUAAAAAGUUGUGUUUAGACCCUUAAGAAUUGCAAGGUAGCAGUUUCGUGAUGCAGUUAUUAUAAAAAUAUAACGUGCUGCACCAAAUGUGUAGUCGGCUAGCUUAAGUUAGCUAAUUAAAUUCAAGCUUGUUUAUUUUUUUUUCACAUAUAAUCAUGCAGGAUAAUAUCAUAGGAGAUUGUAUGAUUUGUAAUUAUGAUGUGUGUUCAGUUACCCAUAUUACAGUAAGUUAGCUCGAUCACAACACUAUAGCCAUUUAUAAAUGUUCAGAUGAAGAACAGUGUUGCCAGAUUGGUGUGUUUUCCAGUAAUUGAUCAAAAUCCACACAAAAUUAUAUAGUAAACACACAAAUCUUACCAAUAAUAAACUAUACAAAUUAAUUCAUAACUACAACAAUAACAUUUGCUCAUCAAAUGGCAUAAUAAAGCAAAUUAAGCGUUCUCUUAUUUUCCAUGUCUGUCAUUUGCCUUAAAGAAAUAAAAGAGUACAACAGAAAUAUCAAAAUGCCACCCGUCCAAGCCCAUUUUAUUCCACGUAGUACAACUCAAAACUGCCCAAUCUGCCAACACUGACGAAGAAAAUACUGGUAAAAAUGUAAGGAGUUCAAUAUUUUUUUUCCUGUCUUAUCAGGUCCUUCAAAUUUGCCAGCUUCCAACAUUCUCCUUUAUUUUAACCUCCCUCCACACACACACACACACACACACACACAAACCAAAGGCACUUUUAAGAGCCACGUCUGUCUUAAUAACCUGUACUUGUCUCUCUGUAGCUCGCUCUGUCUCUUUCUCUAUUUGCAUUGUUCUAUCUGUCCAUCUUUCUGUUUCUCUCAAUAGGUCCUACAAAAACUCUAUUUUAACACAUUGUCUGUUUUUUUGUUUUUGUGUAUAUUUCUUCUUUAUAUGUCUUGUCAAGUUAUGACGAGGCCCAAAUUCCGGCCCUGCCCAUCUUGCCAGACUCCUAAUCAGGCAAGCAGGAAAAGUUGUUAUGUCUGCUUUGGAAGUCUGUCCACUAAACAAAAAAUAAAUGACAAAGUGGUGUCACUGGAUAGCCAGUGGGGGCAAUCUGUCAAGAAAAGCAGAAAUGUUGGGCGCAUAAUUGAUUCUGCCCGUAUUGCAGUGCGGAAACUUGAGGCAGUGGGUUACAAGCCCAUUUUAUUUAUUGGAAAACAAAAUAAAAAGGCUUCAAAUAAGUGGGUUGCAGACAUAAUUACCCAUCUGCACCCCACUCCUGUCACAAGAAAUGUUUUGGAGAAAAUGCGAAGGGCUUAUGAAUUUAUCUUGACUAAGGCAACCUCCACAGCACAGCAGCACAACAGCCCCAGUCAGGAGCAGCGCAGUGGUUCCAUUCUGGAGCCGGAGAGCCUCACCGUGGAGCAGCCGGAGAGCCUCACAAAGGAGUCCGAGGCUGUGUUUAUACUCAACCUUGUUUCUCUGUCUUCCCCACACUCUCCAACUUCUCUCUCUCCUCCAUCAUCUACUAGUUUUACAGCUGUUCUUCCUCCACAGUCUUCUCCACCUCCACCUCCACCGCCAUGCUCUAAGUCUUUGCAACAGAGGAAGGAAAGGACAAAAACCUCAAUCUGUUCACCAGCACCUUCUGCCACCUCUGUCUCUCCUCCAUCUCUUAUCCCCACAGAUCUCUCCCUUCCACAGUCUUGUCCUCCACCUGCUGCCUCUUCCAUCUUCCAGUCCUUGAGUCAGGAGGGGCCAAGUGUGAAGAAGAAAAGAAAGGGUUGCCGAAAAUGUAGUAGACAGAAGAUCUUCCUGUUUGAUCAAAUAACUGGGGAAAGAAUAAAUGAGGCAAGCAGCAUAGAAGUUUCUGUUAUUGAUGUCUGUGGCAAGAGAAAGGGCGAUGUGGCUAAACUUGGGAUGACACAUGGGAGCCUGCCAGCGAGUUCCAGCAUUUUUUGCCAGUGUCUCCAAAUCCCAGCCAUCUUUCACCAUGACAGUCUCCUCACCCUGAACACCUGGACUCGUCAAGCACACUUCAGUUCUGAGUGUGUUGUUGUUGUUUUGCUUGCUGUUCUUCAUUAAACUUUUUGCACAGUGCAUACACUCUUUUAGUAUUUUUUAAAAAAAGUUGUCAUUUUAAACACCUUUUGCAUUUGUCAUGAACUGCGUAACAGCCAGGUAGUGUAGCAUGGAGAGGGCCUGCUACAAACACGCUGUUUGUUAUAAUGGCAUGCCCAAAGAUAUUAUUUUUAAAGAUUUUUGCAGUGCAAUUUUAGUAUUGCAUUGAUGCAAACUCCUCACCUGUAGGUGACAACUCAUUUUUUUGAGAGAAAAAUGAGAAAGUGAUCCAAUGAGAAAGUGUUUUUAUUAUAUUUUAAUAUUCAGUUAUGAAAAGUUAGACUGGUCUUAUUUGUUUUGGAAAAGAAAGGCUGAUAACCACUUGGCAACUGCUACCAAGUUUUGUAUAGUAUUUUCUUUACUCUUUACUAAAAUGUCUAAAAAGGGUAAUAUUUUAUGUAAUUGAGGUCUGAGAUGUGGAAACGGUGAAGAGAGAGAAGGCAAACAUUUUGCAUUUUAGGUCUAAUCAUCCAAUAUUGUCUUAAAUAACCUGCAUAGCACUUCAUCUUUUAUAACAUGGGAUUUUGACCAAAUAUAUUCAAUCUUGAUUUUUGUAAACUGUUGCAAAAAUAUGUUUGUUUGUUUGUUUUUUUGGUGUAAAAUUACAAUUUGGACAUAUAAGGUAAUAAAAAUAUUUAUAAAAAUACCUGGAAGUAUCUACAUAUGAGCAUGUAAAACAAAUAUCUUAAAAAAAUUUUCCUUGUGGAGCAUGACCCCGGUUCUCACCUUUUUACCCCUUUUACCUGUUUGCAUCUGUUUAUAGGUAAGUUUAAAUGAAC